CUGAGAGAUAUCAGGUAUUGAUGUAACUGGAGUGAAUAAAGGAACCUUCUUCCUGAGCACAGACAUUGGAGCCUGUUAUCAGCAUGAACUCAUAUGUGUUAGACAAACACAUCAAUAGUUCAUAUCUAUCCAUCACUACAGUCUUAGACACCAAUGACUAUUCACAAACUUUGGGGAUAUCACAGCAGAUAUUUAGAGAAGAUGGUGAAUUGACCGGAACUGGGCAGCAAUCACUAUGUGCAGAGAGUAAUUUAGUCAUCAAUCAAGAGGACAACAUUUAUGCCUUAUCUAGUGAAAUGAUUAUCCCCGAGGAUAAACCACACACAUUUACUGAGUUUUCAAAACAUAUUAAAGAAGGGAAAAGUCUACAGUCUAGCCAAAUGAUUCAUACAAAGGAGAAACCUUUCAAAUCUACAGAAUGUGAGAAAAGCUUUAGAUGGAAGUCUCAUCUACUAGAACAUUACAAAAUUCACACAGGUGAGAAACCACACACGUGUACUGAGUGCGGCAAAUGUUUUACACAAAUGGAACAUCUGAAAACUCAUGAAAGGAGUCACACAGGAGAAAAGUCAUUCACAUGUACAGAGUGUGGAAAAAGUUUUAAACAAAUAAGUCAUCUGAAAACUCAUGAAAGGAUUCACACAGGGGUAAAGCCUUUCACGUGUACAGAGUGUGGGAAAAGUUUUAUACAAAUGAAUAGUCUGAAAUAUCAUGAAAGCACUCACAAAGGGGAAAAGUCGUUCACAUGUACAGAGUGUGGAAAAAGUUUUAUACAAAAGAGUCAUCUGAAAUAUCAUGAAAGGAUUCACACAGGAGAAGAGCCUUUCGCAUGUACAGAGUGUGGAAAAAGUUUUACAGAAAAGUGUAAUCUGAAACAGCAUGAAAGGAUUCACACAGGAGAAAAGCCUUACACAUGUACAGAUUGUGGAAAAAGUUUUACAAAAAAGUGUAAUCUGAAAGCUCAUGAAAGGAUUCACACAGGAGAAAAGCCUUUCACAUGUACAGAGUGUGGAAAAAGUUUUACACUAAAGAGUAGUCUGAAAUAUCAUGAAAGGAGUCACACCGGAGAAAAGCCUUUCACGUGUACAGAGUGUGGAAUAAGUUUUAUACAAUUGAGUAGUCUGAAAUAUCAUGAAAGGAGUCACACAGGAGAAAAGCCUUUCACGUGUACAGAGUGUGGAAUAAGUUUUAUACAAUUGAGUAGUCUGAAAUAUCAUGAAAGGAUUCACACAGGAGAAAAGCCUUUCAUAUGUACAGAGUGUGGAAAAAGUUUUACACUAAAAAGUAGUCUGAAAUAUCAUGAAAAGAGUCACACAGGAGAAAAGCCUUUCACGUGUACAGAGUGUGGAAAAAGUUUUACACAUAUGAGUACUUUGAAAACUCAUGAAAGGAUUCACAAGGGAAAAAACCUUUCACAUGAUGUCAUCGACACCGGCUGCUGUAUUGUUACCUGGAUAUUUGAUGUGACCGUCUCUUUGGAAGCUGAGCCGCUUCACACUGUCUCCAUCGAUCCUUCGGCGUCUGACGUCAUCAGACCUCACUUCCGGUAUCGCGUGUCCCAGCCGUCUGUGAGGAGAUCUAGCCUAAAACAAGACAAAAAAGUCACAUUCAGUGAGACAGAAUAUGAAUAUGACACUUCAGAUCAGGAAACACCUUCACAUCAAGUUAGUAAUUCUUUACCAGUUAAGGAAUCUAUUUCUGUGUUAGACAUCCCUUCCACCUCUAAUAUCACACAGUCAAAAAACGGGGUGGGCCUUUCCAAACCCAAUACGAAAUUAAAAACAAAAAGAAAAUGCCUCACUGAACAAGAAAUUUCUUUAUUACAAAGGGGCCUUAACUUUGCACCUAGUUGCAAUUUUAACCUCUUCUCCACAGUGUUAGAUGUAAAUAGAUUCGUCAGAACCCUAACAUUGAAAAAACACUUUGCAAAUGAUGAUGAAAGUGCAAAUGAAGAAGCAAAUGAUCAGGCUGUUUGCGUUCAACAAACUCCUAAUUUUAAUUUCAAUGAUUAUACCGCAAUGGUAGAUAUGCAAGAACUCAUUGAGGAGAAUGAGUUUACGCAAACAGCCAGAUCAGGUCCUUCAGAGAAAGACAUUAAUCUGAAAAGGUUUAAAGAAAAAAGUGUAUUUUACCCCAUUCACAGUAGGGGUCAACAUUUACAAGUAUUCCAACAAACUCUUGAAACACAAUUAAUUGCAUUAAACAACGAGAACAAAAAGAAAAACACAUACAAAGACAGUAAUUUAACAUCUCAAGAAAGAAAAGCUAUCCAGACACUCAAAGACGAUCAGAGUAUAGUUAUUAGGGAAUCUGAUAAAGGUGGCAACACAGUAAUUUUAAACAGGAAAGAUUACCUAAUUGAAGCUAACAGACAGCUUACAAAUAAAGAUGUAUACCAACCCCUUUCAUCUGACCCUACUAAGCUAUACAGUAAAAUUUUGUCAGAAAUAAUACACAAAGCUAGACUAGAUGGAGUAUUUUCUGAUAUGGUCAUGGAGUAUUUACUGCCUAAAAAUCCUUGUGUCCCCAUAUUCCAUCAGCUUCCAAAGCUACAUAAAGAUCCUAUACACCCUCCAGGCCGCCCAAUAGUGGCAGGCAUAGGUUCUUUAAAUGAAAGAUUAUCUGAUUUGGUUGAUACAUACUUACAACCCAUAGUUGUUGAUUUAUAUGGUUACUUGAAAGACACAACAUCAUUCAUUGAAAAAAUCAAACAUGUUACAUGGUACAUUGACGAUUUGGUGUUGGUGUGGGACGGAGACCAGCAAUCAGUUGCUAGGUUUCUUGACUAUGUCAACAGCAACAAACUCAAUUUAUCCUUCACUAUGACUGAAAAUGCCAACACUAUAAACUUUUUGGAUGUUACUUUAACAUCUAAUAAUGAUACACAUUCUAUUGAUAUAGAACUUUUUAGAAAAAGCACAGCAGACAAACACGUCAAUAGUUCAUAUCUGUCCUUCACUACAGUCUUAGACACCAAUGACUAUUCACAAACAUUGGGGAUAUCACAGCAGAUAUUUAGAGAAGAUGGUGAAUUGACCGGAACUGGUCUGCAAUCACUAUGUACAGAGAGUAAUUUAGUCAUCAAACAAGAGGACAACAUUUAUGCCUUAUCUAGUGAAAUUAUUACCCCUGAUGAUAAACCACACACACUUACUGAGUUUUCAAAACAUAUUAAAGAAGGGAAAAGUCUACAGUCUAGCCAAAUUAUUCAAAUAAAGGAGAAACCUUUUCAAUGUACAGAGUGUGAGAAAAGCUUUAGAUGGAAAUCUCAUCUACUAGAACACUACAAAAUUCACACAGGUGAGAAACCACACACAUGUACUGAGUGCGGCAAAUGUUUUACACAAAUGAAUGAUCUGAACACUCAUGAAAGGAGUCACACAGGAAAAAAGCCUUUCACAUGUACAGAGUGUGGAAAAAGUUUUAUACAAAUGAGUAGUCUGAAAUAUCAUGAAAGGAUUCACAAAGAAGAAAAGCCUUUCACGUGUUCAGAGUGUGGAAAACGUUUUACACAAAAGAGUGAUCUGAAAAAUCAUGAAAGGAUUCACACAGGAGAAAAGCCUUUCACAUGUACAGAGUGUGGAAAAAAAUUUACAGCAAAGAGUAAUCUGAAAAAGCAUGAAAGGAUUCACACAGGAGAAAAGCCUUUCACAUGUACUGAGUGCAGCAAAUGUUUUACACGAAUUCAUCAUCUGAAAACUCAUGAAAGGAUUCACACAGGAGAAAAGUCUUUCACAUGUACAGAGUGUGGAAAAAGUUUUACAGAAAAGAGUACUCUGAAAACUCAUGAAAGGAUUCACACAGGAGAAAAGCCUUUCACAUGUAGAGAGUGUGGAAAAAGUUUUACAGAAAAGAGUACUCUGAAAAUUCAUGUAAGGAUUCACACAGAAGAAAAGCCGUUCACAUGUACAGAGUGUGGAAAAAGUUUUACACAAAUAAGUAGUUUGAAAUCUCAUGAAAGGAUUCACACAGGAGAAAAGCCUUUCACGUGUACAGAGUGUGGAAUAAGUUUUAUACAAAUGAGUAGUCUGAAAUAUCAUGAAAGUAUUCACACAGGAGAAAAGCCGUUCACAUGUACAGAGUGUGGAAAAAGUUUUACACUAAAGAGUACUCUGAAAAAUCAUGAAAGGAGUCACACAGGAGAAAAGCCUUUCACAUGUACAGAGUGUGGAAAACGUUUUACACAUAUGAGUACUUUGAAAACUCAUGAAAGGAUUCACAAGGGAAGAAACCUUUCACAUGUUUAGAAAGUGGAAAAAAAGGUUUUUAUUGAAAUCAGGUAUCACAGAACAGCAAAUAUUUACACACAAAUAAAUUUUAUAAACGCAGUGUACAAACCUUUUACAAUUAUCUUAAAGAGGAGAAACUCUAAAUGGAAGCAUCAAAAAGGAUCCUAUUGUAAAAAAUACUUUCUAAAUCCCAGUUCUAAAAGCCCCAGAUUGGAAGUUCUCUCCUGCUGUGCUUUGUUCCUCUAUAUAUGUGCACCUCAGUUUCUCUCAUAUCAAUGUGAUAGAAUCCAAACACCACACAGGAAUAUACAACUCUGUCGUCAUACUGACCAGUUUAUACAACCAUUCACCACCAAAGCACCCCCAGUGUUGUUUAUUAAUAUGCCAGUGUUAGGAGUUGUACUUUUGUUUUACAUAGAGGAGAAAAUAAUUAUAUUUACAGAAUAAAGGAGUCUUUAUAUGAA